AUGGACGACGAACUGGAGGAGAAUGCAACCACCCUCAUUUUCAAGCUUUCCAAGAAGCUGACGCAGAAGGACUUCCUCGAAGUGCUUAACCUCUAUUGGCAGCCCCCUGAGAACCAGACGCCUGCUUACGAUUUCGUGCACUUGCCAUGGAAGAAGCUGGCAGUGGUGAACUUCACUUCACCUGAAGCCUGCCAGAGCUGCCUUCGAGUCAUGCGUGCCCUCGUUGGUUCUCACGAUGUCUGGAUUGUUGAUUUGCAGCAGGCAAAGCAUCAAGGACUGAAUGAGAAUAUUGCAGCCUUCUGCUCCCGGGCCACACCAGUUUCGUUCCCUAAGCCUUUGGUCUUCGAGUCGGGCAGGGAGAUCACAUGGGAGCAAGCAGUCCAGACCUUCCUGGCUUCCGCACCACUACCUCAUGGCGAGGCAGACAGAGCCGACAGGACAGCGGAAACCGCGUCCUGCUCUUCAAGUUCGAAGGACGUGUCAUUUCCUCUGGCUCUUCCUGAGCCCACGCCACCUCUGGAGCGAACUCAAGCAGACUUUCUGCAGCUCAUUUCUGAAGACCUGCGUAAAUGCGUGCAUGUGGAAGCUGGCAUGGUGAUCUUUCGACUCUAG